UUUUUUUUUUUUCUUCCGAACUUCUUUCGUAGCAACCAGUGAGUCAAAAAGAGGAAAAGAGACACGCAGAAUACAUCCUUGGCGUUUAAGUUUUGCAGUUCCUGUUUUGUUCCUUUCUCGCGUCAUGGUGAAUGUCAAAAACUGGACAGUAAAAGGGGGCAACUACUUGCAUUUUCCGAGAGAUAAGAUCGUCUUCAAGUGAUUUCACCCAGACAUAGCGGAUCGUAGCUGUUCUAUAUCAUGGAAGAUGGUGUGAAGGAGGAUAAAACCCAGCAGAAAGCUGCGAAGUUUGACGGGAAGGCUGGCUGGAUUAAGAAAUCCUAUGGGAAGUUCCUGGAUACAUACAAGGACCGCUACAUCCAGUUAGAGAAGACGCAGCUUCUGGUCUAUGAAAAUGAUGAAGAAAAGACUUGCAUAGAAACAGUGGACUUGGAAAGCUAUGAUAAAUGCCACGAAUUACGAAGUGCUUUUAAAAAGAAAAACAGGCUCAUUUUAAUUCGAGCUGCCAAGCCUGUAAAUAAGGUACAUGAUAUCAAAUUCCAAGCUCCAAAUCCUGAAGAGAAAGAAGCCUGGAUCAAAGCCCUUUGUGAUGGGAUCAACAGAGCUAAAAAUAAAGUCUUUGAUCAGGUUAAGGUAGAAGGCUGUUCUUUAGAACAUGUGACCCGCACAAGACCAAAAAUGCAGCAAUCACGAAGACCACCUACAAGAAUACAUAUGAAGGAGCUGGCAACCUCUUCUUCAGAUGGAAUCCUGAGACUGGAUCUUGACAUUGUGGACAACACUCCCAAUGGAAACCCCCCUGUUCCAAAUGACAGAGCGGCUCUGUCUACAGAAACUGCCGAUGAGGAUUCAGCUCCCCCUCCAAAGAAGGUUUUCAAACCCCCAGUGCCUCCCUCAAAAGAAAACAAACCCAACCCUGAAGAAACUAAAGAGGAGUCAGAAGAUGUUGAAACUGUAAAGCUGCCUGUGCCCCCUACCAAACCAGACAGCACUUCUAAAGACACGGUCAGCGAACAUUCAUCUCCUCCUUCUCCACCCGAGAAAGUGCUCAAGCCACCCAUGCCUCCUUCCAAAUUGAAGAAACCAAGCCCUCCAGCAACUGACGAAGAGAUAGAAGAUGCUCCUGCUCAUAGCAGUCUUCCUGAAGACGCUUCUGAGAGCCCAACGCCUCCUACUAAACCAAGCAGCACUUCUGAAGAUAAACCUCUCCCAUCUCCACCCAGCAAAAAUCUCAAGCCAGUUAUGCUUUCAAAAGAAAAUAAACCAAGUCCUCAAGCUGGUGGCACAGAGGAUUCUGCAGAAGUUCCUGUUGUUGCUCAGGAUGGGACCUCAGAGCCUCUCUCUAAGGAAAUUCAACCUAUUAAAGAGAACCCUGAAGAUGUUCCAGUUGCUAAAGUUGGUACCGUUGAGGAAACUGUGCAGCCUGCAACACCUCCUCCUAAACCAAAAGACCCAUCUCCAGAAACUGUCAAAAAUAACUCUGCCCCUCCUGAUCCUCCUAAGAAGAAGCAGAAACCCCUUAUGCCCCCUAAAGUAAAUGCUUCUGUCCCACCAGAAACCAACAUGGUUUCAGUAGAUACCACACCUGCAAAGGAAGUUAUGAAACCCCUUGCUUCUAAAGAAAAUAUUACAAGCCCGCCAGUAGCUAAAGAAAAGAUAGAAGACACUCCUGUUUCAGAAGAAGUUCUGAAUCCACCUGAACCAAUUGUAGAUGUUCUGCUUGCUCCAAAACCAGAGGGUUCAUCUGUCACUCCUUCCCCUGUCGACCCAGUACCUCCUCCUAAGAUUGUGUUUGAAGAUGAAGAAGGGCAGUUAAAAGAUGGUGCCCAAACCAGUAAUUCUGAAGGUGAAUCUGACAAUGGUGACAUUAGAGCUUCAACCACAGCCCUACAUGGUAGCAGGGAAAAUCUGGAUGAGGAGUCAAGUGAAGACCCAGCUGACACACCAGAGAACACUGAGCAAAGCCUCAAGGAAGGGAUGUCCCACAAAGAUGAUCCUGCUGCUUCUACUGAGGAACUGAAGCAUGAAAUCAUUCAAGGUGUUAACAGAACAUCUUUAGAUGUUCAUCACCGGCAACUAGAAACCAGGAAACAACAGUUAGGCACACGCCCCCCUGUGCCUCUGAAAUAUGUGUCAAAAGUCAAAUGUGCUUCUCUGGGCGAUCUGUUGUCCGAAUCCAAAGUUAAAGUGCAAAACGAACCGCUUCAAGAACCCGAUUUAGGGUCUGAAAUCAAUGAUCUGAAUGAACUGCAAAACAAUAUAGCCUGGGAACUUGAAAAAACAGAGGCGCGCCUUCAGGAAUCCCUGGCAGCUGAUGGAAGCAAAGGGAUGCUAGCGGGUAAGUCACCGCAGAAAGGAGAGUCGCCAGAGGAGAUCCUGAACAAGGCUUUGGAAAAGCUGAGGCAAGCCAAUGAGGUCUUACAAGAAGUAAAGAAUAUAAAAGAAAACAGAACAGAAAAAAACAAAAGGAGGAAAAGCUGUUGACUGUUUUUUAAAGCAAUUCAUGUAAAUUAUGUCCAUAGUACUUACAGGUACAGUACCUUUUAAAAAUGAGGGUGUGCAUUUAUUUUUUUCUAAUAAGGAUCUGUAGGCAUACCCAUUAUUGUUGCACAGGAAAUUCUUAACCUCAUAUAUUACACUUACAUUACCCAUUUUAUUUUGGAUUACUGAUGUCAUUUCAAUGCAUAUUAAGUAUACAUUUGCAUUAAGUCAUUGUAAACACUGACUUACUAACACUGUACAGAUUUCUAAAAUAUAAUGAAGUAUAAGUUUAUCUUUGUAAAUGGUUAGUACCAACUGAUAUUUUAAUGUCUUCCUUAGGAUAAGGGGCAGUUCAUUUUGUGGCAGAUGCAUGCUAAUAAAAUUCACAGCCAUUAAUUAAAGUCACGGAAAGUAAUAGUCUGCCAAGUAGUUAAUUAAAUUGCAUCAAACUAAUGGUGUAAGAAUAUGGAAAAGUACUGAACUGGAUGUGAGUGAGCUUCAAUACGGUAUUUUUUGUCAUUUUUUUAUAUAUACCAGAAAUGUUUGGAAGGCCUACUUUUUAUUUUUACAGGCGAAUUACAGGAGGGUUUUUUUGUCAUGUUGUGCAUGUAUAUACCGAAAAUUGCAUAGGUUUUAAGUUAAAAGCUUAAACACCAUAAUCACAUCUAAUUUCUACAACAGAAGCGGCUAUCAGCAUGGUUUAGCUGAACAAUUCUGUUAAUAUAGGUGUGAUGUUAAACACCGUAUAGCACAAAUACUGUAUCCGGUGUGUAACUAAAACAAAGUAAAAGCGUAUUCUGCAGUGAGCAUGUUCCCUAAGCAGUUUUAAUACGUAAAUGUACACUUUAAAGACCUGUAGUGUAAUAAGGAAGGUUUUUUUGAGGGAUAGAGGGUUCAGUUAUUGGCAUCAUGCGCUCUGAUGCCUCCAAUCAAUAGCGGGACUCUCAGUUUUAGAUCUCCAUGCUCAGUAUGAUAGGGGCCCCAUGUUAUGCAGUUAAUGCAGUAUCACUUGGGUUGUCGCUGUAAGACCCCUGCUCGUAUUCUAGAAUCAUGAGGGCCUCCACAGAGCAAGUUUCAUUUUGAGGGGCUUUGUUUUCACAAUAGCAUCCAAAGAAACCCUGGAAAAGAUUUUUUGUUUACUAGUUUGAUGUACAAAUGAGCACCAAUCAAAGUGACUGUUAUCACCCUGGAAAAGAUUUUUUGUUUACUAGUUUGAUGUACAAAUGAGCACCGAUGAAAUCCUUAGUAUAAUCAGUAAUAUGAGUCAGUACAUGGGUGUGGUAUAUUCAUUGUGUGGUAUUAUAUUACACUAUUUAAAAAACAGACAUCAAAAACAGUAGUUGGCUUAUAAUGUACUAAUUAUCAUACACAAAAUUGUGUAGCAGACAUGUGUAUUAAUUAUAUACAGGAACUAGCUGGAAUGAAUUAUGAGUUAUAAAUAGUAGUCUGUAUACUAUAGUGACAGCCUAAUGAAGAAAACUGGGGAAAGAUAUUUAAAACUGUAUUUGCUGUAUAUAGAAAACUGAAACGGAAAGCCUUCAUUUCCAACUGUUAACAAUGUGCGUUUGUGCAAGCUGUGCUUAAAUAAUCCUCAACGCCUUAGCAUUAGAUAUGUAAAUGAAAAAGCUACUUUAAUGUAUUUUUACAUCAGGAGCAAUGUAAUUUAGCAGAAACAAAGCAGGUUCUCUUUUUGGACAAUUGUCUUGCAAUUCAAAAAUGACUCCAGGCUGUACUUGUACUUUAUCAUGGUGUCAGUUUCCAAGCUGUGUGACUGAAGUGAGGCAACAACCUGUUGUGUUACCAUGGUGUCUGGGACUGUCAAACCUGCCGCUGUGUACACAAACAGGCCAGUAUUGCAUUAACAUUGACUACGCUUUUAGUUUGAAAAGUUAAUUUGGAAAGUUUAGUUUCACUUUGUUGCUAUGUCAGAGUCUCUUUUCUAGCUGAGAUUUAUACAACUGUGUAGAUACCAGGAACCAUAUUGAAAGUGCUUAUCUCCUAGUGUUAUUGCAGGGUGGUACUGUACUUCACAACUUCUGCUUUAUUGCAGGCCACAUAUGGUUUGCAGACAUGCUUCAAUUUAGUAUACAUUUUUAAAUUGUUUUUUUUCUGCAUAGUUUUUUUUCUAUUGAUCCCAUUCAGGUGAAAAAAAAAAAGGUUUUGUAUGUUCGACUGAAUCGGUCUCCAGGUUUUACAGAAUACUUUGCCUGUUUAGUGAGCAAAGGAAGUGUACAAUCCUUUGCAGCCAGCAGUCUUUUCACUGAAACUGUUAGCUGGAGAGCGGAUAGAUGAAAGUAUUUUAGACAGGUAGCUAAUAACACAAAAUGGGUGUUCAAACCUCAACAUUGUUUAUUGGGUAAGAAAAAUAAAAGUAUUUUAUUCACGUGUGCAGUGACUAAAAUAUAUCGGAUAAACUAUUUAUUUAAAAAAAAUAUAUAGCACUGUUAUGUAAUAUAUUGUACUGUAAAAUAAAAAGCAUGUACUAAUAACAAGAUUUUAUUUGCCUUUAGCAAUUCUGAAAAAAAAAUUCUGAAGCUUGUUGCUGUGUAAAGCAUGUCUAAAUAAAGGCAGCCUUGUUUUCA